GAGCUCUGUUGCUUUCGUCCUCGUUUGAUUUUUUUUCUUUGCUUCAAGUAAGUCUUCUUUUUUCUUUGCUUUCAAAGCAGAGUGGAGGAAUGCCCUCCCACAUGGUUCAGAGAACAUCUGUUAGUGAGAAAUGAAGGCCUGAGAGAGAAAGAGAAGGAGGGGGAGGUGGUGCAAGGGGACUUACAUUAAUACAGAAGACGAAAGGAGGUGAAGAAAGAACAGGAGAGCAUGCGGAGAGGUGGAAAGGGGAGGAGAGAGAGUGACAAGACCUCAGCUGGAGGAGACCACCCUUUCUGCAGAUCAGCAGAGACGCUCAUGUGAGCAGCCUCAGUGGCGGCAGCAGUGACUGGUGAGAAAGAGGAGAGAGAAGAGGAGAGGAAGAGAGCAGGGAUAACAGAGCCACCACCACCAUCAUUCUGAUCGGAUUCACACCAGACAUGUGAGAAGAUGUCCGUGGGCGGCUGCGCGUGUCCCGGCUGUUCCUCCAAGUCGUUCAAGCUGUACUCCCCCAAGGAGCCCCCCAACGGUAGCACUUUCCCCCCUUUCCACCCCGGCACCAUGCUGGACAGAGACGUGGGCCCCACUCCAAUGUACCCUCCCACAUACCUGGAGCCAGGAAUAGGGAGGCACACACCAUAUGGCAACCAGACAGACUACAGAAUAUAUGAGCUCAACAAACGACUACAGAACUGGACAGAGGAGUGUGACAACCUGUGGUGGGAUGCAUUUACUACAGAGUUCUUUGAGGACGAUGCCAUGCUGACCAUUACUUUCUGUCUGGAGGAUGGACCCAAACGUUACACAAUUGGCCGGACGUUAAUCCCGAGGUACUUCCGGAGUAUAUUUGAGGGCGGUGCCACUGAGCUCUACUAUGUACUGAAACAUCCCAAGGAGUCCUUCCACAAUAACUUUGUCUCCCUCGACUGUGAUCAGUGCACUAUGGUCACACAGAAUGGAAAACCCAUGUUCACACAGGUGUGUGUAGAAGGGCGCUUGUACCUGGAGUUCAUGUUUGACGACAUGAUGAGGAUAAAGACGUGGCACUUCAGUAUCCGACAACACCGUGAACUCAUUCCUCGUAGUAUACUGGCCAUGCAUGCCCAAGACUCUCAGAUGCUGGACCAGCUGUCCAAAAACAUAACAAGAUGUGGCCUGUCGAACUCCACCCUCAACUACCUCCGACUGUGUGUGAUUCUGGAGCCCAUGCAGGAGCUGAUGUCCAGACACAAGACCUACAGCCUCAGCCCCAGAGACUGCCUCAAGACCUGUCUGUUCCAGAAAUGGCAGAGGAUGGUGGCACCACCCGCUGAGCCAUCAAGACAAGCCCCUAACAAACGGCGGAAGCGUAGGAUGUCAGGCGGCAGCACCAUCAGUGGAGGAGGAGGAACUAACAAUAACAACAACAACAAAAAGAAGAGCCCUGGUAGUGGCUUCCCACUGUCCAGCCAAGUUCCGGAUGUGAUGGUGGUGGGAGAGCCCACUCUGAUGGGAGGGGAGUUCGGCGACGAGGAUGAGCGCCUGAUCACACGGCUGGAGAACACACAGUUCGACGCUGCCAAUGGCAUAGAUGAUGAGGACAGCUUCAACAACUCUCCGGCGCUGGGCUCCAACUCGCCUUGGAACAACAAGGCUCCUUCCAGCCAGGAGAGCAAGAGCGACAACCCCACCUCACAGGCAUCACAGUAGAGCCCAGAGCCCUGCAUCCUCAACCUAACCCCUCCCUGUCACUCCUAGGCCCCCACCCCACCUCAAUAGCCAUGACUGCAACAGUAACAGUCCAUCAUCUGCUCUCCAAUCCAAACACCACUGUAGCGCUCAGAUUCAAGCACAGGUAGCCCGAGGGGGCUCGGACUGUUUUGCCGAGCUGGAGGAAGUUUCACAACUUUGAUUAUUGCGGUGACUUCCUGAUAAUUAGGCACUGUGUCCCACCUCUCGCUCCCUUUUCCUCAUUUCAUAGACAAAAAGUCCCAUCUGCUCUUGCCAAUUUUCAGUUUUGGAUGGCAACCGGGUAGCACGAGUGAUGAUUUAGUCAGGGGAGAACUGUGCACGCUAAAGUAUCCAUACUGAAGUUCACAUGUAGGAACAGGUGGGGUGGAGGGGAAGGUGGCAGUCGGGCUUCAAGAUGGUGGCGAGUCGCUUAGGGACGACUCGUCCACUCGUACGCUAAACAUGCCUCUGGAUUCUGGUCUGCUCUGCUGAUGUGCGGGUCGCCCAUAACGUUUGUUAAUAGAGAGUGUGUGUGUGUGUGCGUGUGCGCUUGCAUGAGUGUGUGUUUGUGAAAGUUGUGAGAAGAGAAAAGCAGCAGCGUGAGUUUAAUGGUGGCUUUGCUAAAGCAGAUGGACCAGGAUUUAGGAUCGGUAUGUAAAACCAUUUGAAAUGAACACACUAGUAAGAGAGGUGAAAUGUGGCACUAGGGAAACAUCAAACACACAGACGCGCGCGCACACACACAAACACACAUAAUGAUUGAAGGAUUUUGAGUCCCCCUAGUGCCCAAAUAUCUCUGAUUAGACUACAGUGAAUGCAGUCUUUCAAACAGAACAUUUACAACACACACAUGCACAGUCUUACACACACACACACACACACACACACAGUUACACAUUUUAAGAGUUUUUAUACAGUAUAUAUUUCCCUAGAAUGUUUUUUAAUUUGUAUUAAACGCCUUCAUUUCAAUUGUUACUUUUUUAUUUUCUACCAAUACUGAAAAAGCUACAGACCAAGGAGCAACACAGGACUUUUAUCCCUUCCCCCUCUAAAAUAUAUUGUUUUUAUCUUUUAUGUUUAUAAAAGAGAAAUACUUUAGUGUGGAUGUUUUUAUUUUGUCUUUUUGUUCCUUUUUUUUUUUUUUUUGUUUGAGAUUUGAAUUUUUGUGUAUUUGUGCUUGUAUAUUUAAGGUAGUAGCAAAGUUCUGUCUGACUGUAAUAAAAUGUAUUCUUACUUAGAUUUACCUAAAGCCAUCCCGAUCUAAUGUAAAGAAACAAAAAUAGGAAAAAGGAGAAAAUUCAUGAACCCAUCCCCUCUACCUUCCCACCUGCUCUCUUUCCUCCUUCCUCUUUUUUAAAAACGUGUAAAUUACAACUCCCCCUGGGGGUACAAUGCCACCAUAGAGAGAUGGUUUUACUGUUUAUUUUCUUUAAUUUAUUCAGAAAUUCAGUCAUGUAUUCAUCUAUACAGAAAGUGAUUUUUUUUUUUUUUUUUUUUUUUUUUUUUUUUCACUUAACAUUCACAAUUUUGUGUAUUACAACUUGAUGUCAAGUGAAUGUGCUCGCUGAACUUUAGUUAUCCAGUGACUUUCAUGUUUUGUCACUGGCUAAACAGAUUUUUUGUUUUAAGAGGUUUUCUGUCUAAAUUGUCUUUAUUUGUAUUCAUAACCAGAAUCAUACACACAUCUUCUUAAACCAGCCUCACAUUGAGUUCAGUCUGCAUAUUUGAUAGCAAUGCUGAGUCUGUAAAGUCUAAUAAAUGAACAGCUGAAGCUCUGUCAUUGUUUUGUACAUUUCCAUUUUGUUACUGUUGAAUCCAGCAGCAGUUAUGACUGAGUUUGAAUGGUGACUUGUACCUUCUCCAGACCCUGUAGGAAAAUCAUUGUUUGAUAUAUAUUUUUUUGAUUUGGUUAGUUUCUGCCCUUGAUAAUUAAUGUAUGGUACCAAUAAAAAGAUACAUUUUCACUUUAAAAA